UUUUCCACCGCCUGGUGGGUCACGUGAGAGGAAGUGCCGCGCUCCCGUCCGCGCCCUAGCAACCGCUAGCAAGGCCCUUGGCAACCGAGAGGCGAGAGCUUCUUUGACCGAGUGGGGGGGGCGAUUUAGGGGGCCGUUUCAUGUGAUAGCUGAGGUUAGUUUCCAGGGUGCCAUUAUGAGUGACCAACUUAAAUUCAUUGUUGAGAAACUCAAUAAGGAGCCCUUCAAGAAAAACUUCAAUUUAAUAACUUUUGAUUCGCUGGAAUCAAUGCAGCUAUUGCAGCUGCUCAAUGACGUUUUCGGUGAGAUCGACCCAAAGCAUAUUGUUGACAUUAGGGAAGAGCUGCCAGAGCAGACAGCGAAGCGGAUGUUAAGCCUUCUUGGUAUUCUUAAAUAUAAACCUCCAGGAGGUACCAAUGACUUAAGUACGUUUCGCCAAGGCUUAGUUACUGGAAGCAAGCCUGUAAUUCAUCCGGUCUUGCAUUGGCUCCUUCAGCGGACAACCGAGCUCAAGAAAAGAGCCUAUCUUGCACGCUUCCUAAUCAAAGUAGACGUGCCCGUUGAGUUCCUUCAGGAGGAUACAGUUGCUGAUACCAACAGACAGUAUGAAGAGCUGAUGGAAGCCUUCAAAAACCUCCAUAAAGAAUGCGAACAGCUCAAGACAUCUGGUUUCUCAACUGCAGAAAUACGAAAGGAUAUCACUGCCAUGGAAGAGGAGAAGGAGCAGCUGAUCAAGAGAGUGGAACGUCUUAAGAAACGGGUGGAGACAGUGCAGAAUCAUCAGCGGAUGCUUGAAACGGCAAGACAGCUUCGAGUAGAAAAAGAGAGAGAAGAAUCUCUUGCCCAGCAGAAGCAAGAGCAGAAAAAUCAGCUUUUUCAUGCAGAGCAGAGGCUGCAGAGAGUCCAGCUCCAGCUCAAGGAUAUGCGUCAUGCAGCCGUGGAUUCAAAGCCAGAAAGCUUAAUGAAGAGACUAGAAGAGGAGACGAAGUUCAAUUCAUACUUGGUCUCUGAAAAAUUUCCCAGGGAACUGGAAACGAAGAAGCAAUUGCUACAUCUCUUGCAGAAAGUGGUUGCCGAGCCGGCGAUUGGCCAAUCCGAUCUCAACGAACUUGAAACCAAAAUCAAUGAGACCAAUUCAGAAAUCAAUCAGUUGAUUGAGAAGAGGAUGAUGAAAUACGAACCAAUUGAUAGUAAAUUUUCAAUGUACCGACAACAGGCCUCCAUAAUUUCCCGGAAGAAGGCAGCCAAGGCAGAAGAACUUCAGGCUGCCAAGGAGGAGAUGUCCAACUUAGAAAGGCAAAUGUUGCAAAAGUCGAACCAAGCCCGUGAGUUGAAUGGCACGGAAGUCUUGAAAGGCGAUGAGUUUAAGCGUUAUGUUGUUAAACUUCGGAGCAAAAGUACCCUCUACAAAAAGAAGCACCUGGAAAUUGCAGAAAUUACAGCCGAAUAUGGCAUCCUGAAGAGAACAGAAGAUCUCCUCAUGCAACGCCACAAGGAGAUCCAGCAGCAAUUGCAAGCGAUUGAGGACAAGAAGGGAAUCACUGGAUACAGCUAUACACAGGAGGAGUUGGAGAGAGUGUCGGCAGUAAAGAGCGAAGUGGAUGAAAUGAAGGGCCGGACUCUGGAUAACAUGUCCGAAAUGGUGAAAAAGCUGAAUGCUAUGGUGGCUGAUAAGAAGUCAAGCCUGGCUCCCAUUAUCAAAGAUUUAAGACAGUUGCGUCGGAAGUGCCAGGAAUUGACUCAAGAAUGCCAAGAGAAAAAAACCCAGUACGACAGCUGCGCUGCAGGCUUGGAGAGCAACCGUUCUGCCCUGGAGCAGGAGGUGAAGGUUCUCCACGAGGAAUGUGUGCAGGAGGAAAGCCACUAUCAUAACAUCAACUGCAUGAAAAAGAUGCCGGAAGUACUCCUCCAGCGUGCCAAGGAUGAGAUGAAGACCUACGUCUCUUCAGAUCCACAGGAAAGAAGAAAGGCAAUUCGGGAACAAUAUUCCCGAAUGAUCACAGAACAAGAAAACCUUGGAAAGAAACUACGAGAGAAGCAAAAAGCCAUCCGGGAGAGUCACGGUCCAAAUCUGAAGCAAGUGAAGAUGUGGCGAGAUUUCGAGCUGCUCAUGAAGUGCAAGAAGGAUUGUUUUCUGAAGCAGCAGAACCAAAUGUCCAUUGAGCAAGUCAUUCAGGAAGGAGGGAAAGACCGGCUGGUCUUAUGAAUCUGGCGGCGGCAGCUGCUGUGUGUCCCGGGUGUUUUGAAUGGGAGUGAUUUCCUCCACUCUUCUCUGGUGGAGAUUGGUUUGGUUGUCCAACUGUUUGGACCAGAGUUAAGUCUCACGUUGCCAGUGCUUAGGGGCUCGCUGGUGAGGCGUGGCUGGAAAGGUCUCUGCUGAAAGAGGAUGGAGUUGGUUUGGGAACUAGGCGCAGACCUUUCCAGCCACCUCUUGUAUGAAGGAGAGAAGACAACUCUCGUUUCAAGGGUGCUGAAUUUGUAGCCUGUCCAGAGGGCUCCCAAGUUCACACUGUGGACUGGGCUGGGAGAGCAGCUUCUGCGGCACUGGGCUGCCGAGCCAAGCUGACUGGCAAGAGGUCCCUCCAUUCCACUCCAUCACGCACAAAACCAGCAUCUUCUUCCCUCUGUGCGCUGGGAGGAGGAUGCCGGUAGGUGUUCCAGAGCCAGGCCUCCAUUCUUCACACUCCCCCAACACCUUGAACAUGCGUUUCUUCCAAAUAUGUGUGCUGCCUUGCAACUUCACUUAAUGGCUAUUCUUUACAUGGCCUCUGUAGCCACCACAGGGUUCAGAAGAUGAGCCUCGUGAACUUGCUGCAGCUUUACCAGGCCACUGCCCUGUGGCAAAGGGGCAGGCGACGUCUGCCAUUGGAAGAGGGCCCACUAAGGUUGCUCACUCGGAACCUUUGUAACACUGUGGCCAUGUUGCAGAAUUCUUCCCCCUUGGAGCAGUUUCCCUUUGUGGAAAGAGUACAUCCAGUGGUCCUUAUGGCUUCUCCUAACUUGCAUCCAUGAGUCCACCUGGUUGUUUCCAGGUCAGAAGAGUUGGUGGAGGGGAUUACCACCACCACCACCCCGGCCUUCAUAAAUUGCCACACUUCCUUAGACUAAAAGCUGGAACUCAAGCUCAGGAGAGGCAGAGUUCUCCUUGAAUUUCUGAGGCUCUUGACCAGUAGUGAAGUCGUUUAGAAACAUGUGUCUUUCCCUUGAAAUAAAGGUAUUCUAACCUCUUAAAACACUGCUCCAGCUUUUGACAUUUUAGCCUUCCCUGAUGUUCAGUUAACAUAUCAUGCGGCUUUCUGUAUGAGCUUUUUUCCUGGGUAAUAUUUGGAUUCAGUGGCUGACAUCCUGAUGAAAUCACUCGGCAGAAGUCCCACUGAAAUUAAUAGGACAAAUUAGUUAUGACUUACCUGAAUUAUUAAUUUCAGUGAGACUGCCGUCAUGGCUACCUUGGCCUGUUCAUGUCUGCAGUACUGAUCCUGAUGCAUUUGGGAUGUGAGGCAGGGUCCAGAUGUAAGCAGCCUGUGUGCCUGACAGCCUUAUCAGGGCAAAGUAGCUCUGAAUUUGCUUCUUUUCCUUGAGGCCUCAAUGGCCGGUUGAAAGGACUUGGGAGUUUGACUGCCAUUUCAAAGCCUGCCCCUAGAGCCUUUAAAUCACAUUCAUUAUCCUCUAAAUCGUUUAGCCUGUCGCCACAGCAGUGGGUGCUUCUGAAAUCUCAGAGCAGCCAUUAGAAUAAAGACAGAAAUAAUCUUUCAAGCUUCUCACGUUUUACCCUAAGAGCAGAGAGAUUCUGGGAAGAUUUUGAUGUAACUUGGUUUUUUCCACCACUUGCAGGAAAUACAAUGCCAGUAUGUAAAAUCUGUGAACAUUGUGCUGGUAAGAUCCCAGCAUUCCUGCCCCGUCUAUCUACUCACAGAGAUUUCCUGCAAAGCUCACCUUAAUUACUGUUGUUUGUACAGCACCAUCAAUAUACACAGUGGUUUAUUAGGAGUAUUUGUAUAUUUAUGUUACUGGUAUUGGAGUAUUUAAAGCCCUUUUCCGUUUUCAUUUGGGUGAAACUCAAAAGAAGCUAGCCGCCAAGUAACUGAAAAUUUUGUCAGAACAUAAUGAGACCACAAAUAAUAAUAGCAAAACAGCUGCAAUGAUGCCCAAUUCCUGAGCGGCUGGAACCAACCAACAGCAAGAGAGGCAAGCUUUAUUAGAGCUUUAAAAAAAAACAAUUUAAAAGCAGCAGCUACCUGCUCUCCCAAAGUGUUUGCUGUGAUUUAAGUACAGUAAAGUUGUGCCCUCGAGCCGGUGUCGACUCCAGAGCCCUGUGGUUGUCUUUGGUAGAAUACAGGAGGGGUUUGCCAUUGCCAUCUCCCAUGCUGUGUGAGAUCAUGCCUUUCAGUACCUUCCUGUAUCGCUGCUGCCCGAUAGAGGUGUUUCCCAUAGUCUGGGAAACAUACCAGCAGGGAUAUUUAAGUAGGCAAUCAGAAAAGCCAAUAGUGCUAGGCCCAGGCGAGCCUCCAUGGGGCAGCAGUUCCUUUCGAAGUGAGCCCCGUGGUGCUCCCUCUCGCUCAGACCUCUGUCCAGGCCUGCCCUGCUGCCACCAGAGGAGUCUCCAACUGGACCUGGGCACUUCUAUUUGCAACUACAGUCCCUCCUAUGAAUACCAGUGUCGUGACGGAAUAGUGCUGCCUCUCACGGCCACCUGCUGGACAGUUAGCAGGGAAACAUUCAGCAGAGCCUCGUGUUUAGUGGGAGGAACAUUGUUGUACUCCUCACAACAACCCUGUAGGGUAAGUCCGUAUGAUCAUUCCAUAAGCCAGCGGAGGGACUUCUACAUAGAAAGGGGCAGCAUCAGGUAUAACCAGUUUAAAUACUGUGAUGGAAUCCUGUCUCAGUGCACACCAAACAGAGACAUACUUUGCUCUUUGGAAACGGCAGACUGUUGUCCAGGCACUGAUGUUGUAGAACAUUGCUAUGCCCCCGCGGGACUAGCAGGUUAGCGUUACGAAAGCCUCACUGAAAUGAAUAAUGGGGUCGACUAGUCGAGCCGACAUGUUAAUGAGAUUUAGAAGAGGGAAAAGAAACUAGGAAUAGCUGUGUGAGAACUGGGAACCCCUUUCUGAGCUUUGGGGUCAGAAGAUGAUGUUUUGUUGGUGUCUAUCGUGACAGCGCCUGUGUGGCAGAGUCUGUGGUCUGAAUGCAAAGAGAAGGGAGGCGAAAGGACUAGAGGCUUAGCAGCACCUGCUGAACGGAGCCCCAGCGAUUGGUGCACUUGCCCCCCGCCCCUUCCUCAGGUCCACUUUGACUGCUGCGUCAUUCUGUCUGCCCUCUAGAAGGGCAAACGGAUUACGCACCUCAAGAGCAUCUGAAAUGAGUUUCUCAGCUGAAGCAGAAAAUUAUAAUUAUCCAAAGAAAGGGGGGAAAUGGAGGAAUGGAUAAAGUGAGUGUCUUCGGCUUUCAUGCAAGUGGACAUUCAGUGAUGCAACUCUAAUGGGUCUUGUUCGGUGACGUUCCCCCGCCCCUCCCCGCCAACCAGUUAGAGCUUUCUGGGGAGUCUUGGUAGAGGAGGGGACUCUGGCUGGCUCUGACGAUUCCUUCAGCUUAUCACUUCUCCUAUUAGGGUUAAUACUCCAGCUGGCUAAUAAAUUAGAUUACACACAUUCAGUUUGGAAAAUCACCUGCCUUUUCUUGGUAAUGUUCCAAAGAAUGCUUCAGAAUCAGUAUUCUGUUAGCAUGGAUGUUUAAGAUGUCCUCUAUCUCUACCAAGGGCUUGUUUCCAAGACCACUGAUCUUGGGAUAACACUCCCUGAACUCAUUCCAACUGUGGCCCAAAGUGGGUGUGAAAUCACUCCCAGGCCAGUUCCUCCAUUUAUUUAAAAUCCUGAGGCUGCUAUCAGCCAAGCGGUGAGGGGUGGACAUAGAGGCACACGCUGUUGUGGUCCACUCUCCAUGGCCGUGAUCACCCCUUUCAUCUCUGACAUUGGGGUCUUCAUUUGCCCAACUGUACCACCCUCCAUCCUCUGAAGAAGCUGCCCUGCUCUGCCCUUUCUUUUCUGCCCCUUAUGCCUGGAGCCUCUUCCCCGAAUGCCCCUGGGAGGCUCCCUCUCUGACCUCCUUUGCCCACCUUUCCCAUCAAGCAAGAGGGAAGGAUUGUACUCUCCAUGCCCUGCUGGGGAGCUCCAGCAGCAUGUCCUUGGAAAUGGCAUGCUGGAGGAGAUGGUCCUUUGGGGUAAUGUAGCAAGACCAUGGCUAUGCAACUUCCAGAUAUAACAGGCAAGGCUUGCACUUUGUGCAAAUCACGAAGGCUGCUGUAAAAACACGACACAUGACUAAGCUGAUGUGCUACACAAGGCAAAAACACACACACACACACACACACGAGACUUUGACAUGUCGCACUCGGUGCAAAUGAUUGGGUUUUUAAAUUCUUAUUACGAAAUAUGUCUUUGAGUCAUUCGGGAGCUGGAAGUCUGCUAUAAACUGUGGGGGGUGGGGAGACUUGUUUUAUGUGAAUGCAGAAUUUUCUGAACAAUAAAACAACUUUAGACAUC